GAACAGCCCGUACUGGUUCUUCCUGAGGUGCAAGGCGCUCAUCAAGCAGGACAAGCUGGCAGAGGCUCUGGAGCUGUUUGAGGUGCAGAUGCUGAAGGAAGAACGUGUCCAGCCACAAGAAAGCAACUACACGGUUCUCAUGGGUGGCUGCGGCAGGGUUGGCUACGUGAAAAAGGCAUUCAAGCUCUACAAUGAUAUGAAAAAGCGAGGCUUAAUCCCCACUGAUGCCACUUACACGGCCCUGUUCAAUGCCUGUGCUGAAUCACCAUGGAAAGACUCGGGCCUGCAAAGUGCCCUCAAGUUAAGGCAGCAACUAAAGAGCAAAAAUCAAGAGCUGAACCUGAUAACUUACCAUGCUCUGCUGAAAGUCUGUGCCCUAUGUGCAGAUCUCAGGAUGUGCUUUGAUGUACUGAAGGAAAUUGUUCACAAAGGCCAUGCUCUCAAAACGGAGACCUUCAGCUUCCUUCUCAUGGGCUGCAUAAAGGACAGUGAGAACGGCUUCCGCUACGCCUUGCAGGUUUGGAACCAGAUGACUAAACUUGGAAUGAAGGGCGAUACUGCUACGUACAACCUGAUGCUCCGUGCUGCUCGGGACUGUGGAAUAGGCGAUCCAGUUUUGGCUUCUCGAGUUCUGCUAGGAUCCACUGAGGAGAAGUCAUCCCAGCUGAGGCUUGCCCCCGGUGAGCGGAAAGAAAAGGCGAGAAGUCAGAAGAACAAGAAGAAGAAGGGAUCAGAGAGUGCGGCUGCUGUCCAGCUGGACGUGGAAGCCAUGGAGAAGCAGCUGUUUCCUGAUAUCUCUGCACAGCCUGAACAACAGAUGAAACAGCAAAAUAAAGAUGUGAAUGGGGCUGAAGCAGAGCCAGCACCAGCUGCUCUUGUUAGUGCCAACAUAGCUCACGAUGGGCCUGGAGCAUUGAUGAGGACAGACCCAAGCGAGAUAGAGCAGGAACAAGCCAGCCCAAGGCCCAGCCUGCCUUUCUGCAAGCUGCCCAACUUACUGGAUUCCAAGAUGCCUGAUGCAGCUGUGGUGUCCUUGGGGACAGUGGCCACACCAGCUGAUAGACUGGCUUUGAUGGGGGAUGUGGAGGGCUUCUUGAAUAAAAUGAAAGAGGACAGUGCAGAACCCGACAUUAAAACUUUUACAUUACUAGCUGAGCUGGUGGAAGCCCAGAGCCCGUCGGAGUCCUCUCUGUUGGCAGCCCUUGAUGAGCAAAAAGUGAAAGUGGAUGUGACCUUCUUUAACACUUUAAUAAGGAAGAAAAGUAAACAGGGAGACCUUGAAGGAGCAAAGGACCUGCUGCCGGCCCUAGCGAAGAGGGGAAUAGCACCCAACCUCCAGACGUUCUGUAACUUGGCACUCGCUUGUCGCCGAGAGAAGGACGGGCUGCAGCUGCUGUCAGACUUGAAGAGGUCUGGAGUGACUCCCAACAAGUACAUCUACAGCACCCUCAUCUCUGGUGCUGUGAAGCAGCUGGACUACCAUUACCUCACCGAGAUCCUGCGGGACAUGCGGAGCAACGAAGUGCCCCCCAAUGAAGUGAUCAUAAGCCAGCUGGAAUUUGCAGCCCAGUACCCUCCCAAUUUUGACAGGUAUAAGUCGAAGAGCAGAUACUUGGAAAAAAUUGAUGGUUUCCGUGGCUACUACUAUCGGUGGCUAAAAGCAGUGGCAGGAGAGGAGACUCCUCACCCCUGGGAAAAAUACAGAACAGCGAAACGGUCUGGAAAUGAAAAUAAGGAAGAGGAUGUGCAGGUGCAGGACCAGCAAGGACAGAAGUUGCAAUGAGCAGGAUGCUCUGCAGGGUAGCUCAAGU